CUGCAUAUGAGAAUUUUAACGGAACGCUUGACAAGCUGUGCGUAGAAAGCAAAAGGAAAGGCGACGUGUAUUUUUUUUUAUUUAUUUUGUGAAAAAUUAGUGGGCUUAAAAAAUUAAUUAACGCUAUUAAAGGUUAAACAAAUAUAUUCAUAUGGGGCGCAAACGAAAAAUACCAAUUGCGGAUGAAGAAAAGGAGAAUACAGUCGCUGCAAGCCGCAAACGGGGUGGUGGCGUCGCUGCAAGCAAUCCCAUGAUGCUGCACGGUCCCAUGUAUACAAUAAUGUCCAAUGUGCAAUUAAACGAAACCAGCCACAAAAAGUACAUCAAGGAAUUGAAGCAACUGUACGCGAAGAUGGAUCAUGACGCCUUCAUGUUUACCUUCAUCAAAAUGAUAAAAACAGCAAUGGUAGCUGAUGAAGGAAAUGAGUAUGCAGAAACAACUUUAUUAUUUUGUUCUAAAUUCGUCAGCUCAUAUGAUGGCGAUGAUACACAUCCGCUGCUAAUUGAUAUGAGCAAGUGGCUGCUAACUACAAUUUCGCGUAAUCCACACAUUCGUUUCCGCAUAUGUCAGUUUGUUAAUAUGAUACUCAAGGCACUUGGCCAAGAGGCAGCGCUGGAUGACGCCAUUUGUGAUCGUAUAAUGGAUUAUAUGCUGCACCGCUUACACGAUACCUCACCGAAUGUGCGGGUGCAAGCGAUUUUAGCAAUGCAGCGCUUACAAGUACCGGAUAAUCCCGACGAUCCUGUAUUGCGCGCUUACCAGUUUCAUCUCUGUUCAGAUCCAUCAUCUCGUGUGCGUCAGGCAGUAAUAACAUGUAUGGGACGUAACUAUCAUACAAUUCCUUACAUAUUGGAACGAUUGUGGGAUAUCGAUGAAAAAGUUCGUCGACACACAUAUUUGCAUAUGAGCAGUUAUCCAGUCCGGUCUUACAAGGUAUCACAGCGUCUAACCUUAUUGCAGCAGGGGCUUAACGAUCGUUCAGAAGCAGUGCGCAAAGUAGUAGUACCAAUAAUGCUGCAACAAUGGAUUGAGUCCUAUCAAAAAGAUCUCAUUGCUCUAAUAUCUGCAUUGAAGCUGGAUUCGAGCGAAGCCGAAAUCGAUCGGUUUCGAAAAGUAGCUAAGCAAACACUGAAAGAGAUUUUCAAGCGUCAAAGCAAAGAAGACUUGCUUGCUUGUGUACCCUUAGAGGAAGAGGGUGAGAUGCAUCGUUGUGUGCCGCAUGAAAAACUGUCGAUGGAAAUUGCAUUGUAUUGGCAAUGCUUGACAGAAUUCUUGCAAUCGGAAAUGGCAGAAGAGUUCGACUUAAUUGUGCCGGAGUUGAGCACGUUCUGUACAUAUGUGGAAAAAUAUUGCCAAUCACAGAAACCAGAUAUGGAUAAAUUCGAACUAAUGGAAUUCCAAUAUAAACUUCUUUCCCUGAUGGAAAUAUUGUAUACAUUUGAUUUGGGCGACGAGAUAGGGCGUGGAAAUUUGCAAAAACUGCUUUCGUAUCUUUUAAAAACAUUCCGCCUUGAUGAAAAGGUUAUUGAAGUUGUUGUACGUUGUGCAGAGAAUCUUAUAUCUGAUCAAAAUGCACGCAUACAGCUAUUUGUAGAGAUCAUACAAGAUAUCUGCGGUUUGAACAGUAACCCAAAUGAUCUUUUGCACGAUCGGACAUUAAUCAGCGAAUUAUUGGCGAGCUCAUCAAAUGCAGAUCUAAAUUUAAAAUUAUCUUCGCUAAAGGUUAAGCUUCUUGAUUUGGAGGAACAAGAAAUGAAUUUUGUACAACGAAAAGAUUACAUGCGUGCGCAGCAAAUAACCGAGGAGAAAUAUGCCACCACAGAAGAGUAUACGAACUUGUUGCAACCGCUUUUAGAUAAUCAUCCAAAUGCAGACAUGCUAAAGCGUCCAUUACAGCUGCGUAAAACGACGAAACCGGAAAGCAUAUUGAAGAGUUUGCAAAUAGCCUUCUAUAUGGUCGUUUCACCUAAAGUGCGCUCACUUAAUCCGAGCAUUUUAAAACUGUAUAAUGACUUUAUUUGUCGUCAUCUUGCCUCAAAUCAAAUCGCAAUCCGUGAUUGGGCUUUGAAAUGUGGUACCGCCUGCAGUAUGCUGUACGAGGCGCUAGCAAAAGAUGUUUUCGAAGAAUUAUAUGCGCAGUUUUUUAAAAAUCACAAUAUUCGUAUAUGGGAGACCUCCAUAACGUGUAUUUUCGAGCUGCUGGACAGAUAUGGUUUGGAUAAUUUUGCCAAGCAAGAAGAGCAAAGUAAAUCGAAGAAAAGCGGUCGACAGUUGUAUAACACAUUAGAAUUUCUGGACAGUGAAGACGACUCAAAUGUUCUAAAUGCCGGCCAAGGCGUAGAUGUGAUCUAUAUGAUGUCGCAUUUUCUGGACACCUGCGAUGAUACUUGUAUAAUAAGUGCAAUAAUAGUCGGCUUCUGUCGGCUUAUAUUGCGUGGCUAUAUUAAGUCUAGCGAUAUUAUUGAAAAAUUACUUUUGCGAUAUUUCAAUCCGAGCACAGAUUCGAACAUAAAUCAAAUAUUGGGUGUAUUUCUGGAAAAUUUGAUACUGCGAAAGAAGCAUGGUUUACUGCAACCUUGUCUACUGCCUAUGGUGUUAACAGUGCUAGGAGCACCAUAUGAGAAUCCAUUGCACGACAUACGUCCUGAGACCAUAACUCGCUUUAUCAUAGACUCUACGCGUCAGGAGACUUCACAACUAACAGAGGGCUACAUACACAACAAAAUUGCUCACACAUUCUUGCAAGAAAUGCUGAACAAUCUUACCAACAAGGAACUUUGCAAACUGUUGUCUAAAGAGCUGAUUACGUUAGAAUUAAAUGUAACACAGAAUGAACAACUAAAGCUUGAAUUGAAAGAGUGUGCUGAUAAGUUGAUAAAGGCUGAUUUCGAUCCUAAGACUGUAAAGCAUAUAAUAGAUUUCAAAGAUUUAGUUGAUGGAAAUUAUAAUCCUGCACGCAAACCUGCAGGGAACGAUUCGGAGGGUGAAGAGGAUAGCAAUGAUGAAACAGAGAAUGAUGCGAAUAAUGACGACGACAAUGCCACAGUGACAACGGGGCGCAGUAAAACGUCAGUCGGUGAAGUGGUAGAGGAGCCAUCCCAGCAACCCCCACCACAGCCACCUCCUAACGUCGUCAUAACUGCAGUAGAAACAAUUAUCAAGCCGGCGUUAGUCGCUGCUCCCGUCGAGCCUGCUGUCACGUCUGCUACCGCCGCAGAAGUUCCUGCUCCAGUUGAGCCUGCUGCCACGUCAGCUCCCGCUGCAGAAGUUCCUGCUAUAGCAGUAGCAGAUGGUGCCAUAAUAACAAAAGAUAUUUCACCUUCAGCGCGUGUGCCCACAACGUAUGGACGUGAGAACCGAGUGGGGCAUCGUUAUUUGCGCAAAUCUCUCAAUUCGACACGUGGUCAAUCGGACACGGAAGGGGGCGAUGGACCACAUCGCUCACCGAAGAUACGCAUUGAAGCGCGCAUUGAUUCUGAUAAGAAAACGGAACAGCCAGCACACGAAGAGCGAAGAGUGCGCAAUUUACGGGCAAAGCGCAAUUUGCGUUAUAACGAUAAAAAUUCUGAAUCAGAGGAAGAAGAGCCUGUUAAGCCUUCGAAAAGUGCAGCCCAAACGCGCAAUAAACGACGUGCACAUCUGCCCACUGUUGAUGUUGAUGAUGAGCCUGAAGUGAUUUCGUCCCCUAAGCAAACAUCAAAUGCAAAAGGCAGUGCUAGUAAAUUUGAGCAAGCUCGAAAUGCUGCUAGUCCGGCUAAGCGGCAAACGAAGGAGUUAAUUAAAGAAAAAUCUGCCGACGAGCUUUUGGAAAAGAUUGGCGAACCGAGACGGGAACAAUCCAGGGAACAGCAAAAAGAGCAGAUAAAAACACGUGCCAAAGAGGCAGAGCGAGCGAUAGUAUCACCGGCAAGGACAACCAGGCCGGUGCGGGCGUCAUCAAGAAGAGCUAAACAGAUCAGUACGGCAGAGCUCAAUACAUCCGACGUUAUACCGCCUUCACCACCGGUGGCGAUAUCACCACGUACGAUUGUUCGACGUCAGCGGCGUGCCGGUGGUGGUGAUAUAUCAGUCGCUAAUCUAACUCAAUCUGCGCGUCCUGCAACGCGAAGUCAUUCUGCUCAGCCAGCACAUAAUCAAGUGAGUACCAGACGACGAGGAUUACAACUUACUACCACCUCCACCCACCAGUGUCACCAUCGCCAUAACCAUCACCACCACCACCAGCACCCACUUAACAACGCACAGGCUAUUUAUGGUGUAAGCGAGAAGUCGCCGCAACCAACCGGAAUGAUGACACGUCGUCGUUUGUCGAUGAGUGGUGGUCGCCUUGAUGAUGGAGCAGACGCUAGCGCCAAACCAGUUGUGAGCGAAGCUCCAGACACUGCGCCGCGCAGACGUUCAUUGCGCACCGAAACCGCUACAGUCAAAUUCGCCGCAGCGCCACCGAAUAACGAAGUGGAUGAAACGAAGAAAUCUAAAAUUCGAAUGCAGCCGAGUAGAAUACCAGUGCGCGCUUCAAGCAGCAAAUUGGCAACAAGUAUGAAAACAAAGAUUGCCACGCGCGUUUCUACUUCGUCGCUUGCGUUGGCGCCAAGGACGGUUGAAUCCAAUUCGAGCAGCGGCAGCGGUAGUUCGGGCACCGAAGAGACGAUGAGAACCUUAGGCGCAGCUAUGUUGCGUAGACGCGCACUGGCUACCAAAAUGACGCGUAUCAACUUGGCGCAACGCACCAAAGGCAACCCGAUGCCGAUGGAGUUGGCGAAGCCGGCGCGCGUACGUACACCUGUUAAAAAUGUGCCAUCAGUUUCGAAAUUGCGUCCGAGGAAACCUUAGGAGCUACCUACUUACCUACUUAUAUACAUACAUAUAUUUUUAUAGUAUUGUCGUUGAAAACUAUGUAGUCCUUUGUCAUUAUAUAUGUAUACUACAUAAGUUUUAGGCUAAUUAUUACUUUAGAUUUGUGUGUAUACAUACAUAUUUCAUUCUGAUUUAUUUUUUGGUACAAAUUUAUUAGCAUCCGCUUGAGGCCUAUACAAAUUCGAAUAAUACAUACAUAUUAGAAAAUUCCAAAUAUUUUAGAUGAACUUACCAUGAAUUUUAAAAUUUCUUAUCGAUUAUUAUGCAUUAUAAUGCUUUAGCUACCUAUUAAAUAAAAUGAAUUUCGAAUUUAUUAAAAAAAUGUA